UUGGGUGUCAGCAGCUUUGUAAUUUUUUAUUGUAAUAUUUAAGGAAAUAAUCAGUGAUAUCUUAGUGUAAAUGAACUGGAGGAUGAUUUAACUGUCGUGCAAUGUGUUUUAUAUUACGGGAUCGUGUGUAGUGUACGUGAAAAGCUGCGUCUACCGCCAUGACAAUGGUGAUCGUGGUCAGGAAGUACACCGUAACGUUUGUGCUUUAUUUUGGGUGUAUCGUAUCUUGUUAUCCGGUUUUUGGUCAAGAUGCACCCGAGAUUUUGGACCUGCAACUAUUUAAUGCCACUCUUGGCUCUGACGUCAAUGUCACCUGCAGUAUUAUGCCGAUUGAAGGUUCAGUCGAAUGGUUGUUCAACAAUGAACCAAUUCAAAUUAGUGAGAGGAUCCGUCAGCACGCAGAAGAGAAACUACUCCAGGAAAAGGACCUCGAUGGCAACCCGCGGAAAUACAAAGCAUAUAACUUGACAGUUGCCAACGCCACAUCCACCGACGAUGGAAACUAUACCUGCAAACUAACUCUAGGAGAGGCUAAAGUAGAGAAGACCAUUAUAAUAGACCUCAGCUUCGCAGGACGACUGGUCAAUAAAACUAUUGGUCCUAUAAAAGAGAAUGUGACGAAUCAGGCGAACAUCACUAUGCAUUGUAUUUUUGAAGUAUACAAAACCCGUGAAGUCAGAUGGUGGAAGAAAGGCAAGGACGACGAUAUAAUAGAGUUGGGAAUAAAGCCCGCGAAACCGCUCAAUCUUAGGCAAAUCAGAAGCGAUUACGACCUUCACAUUCGUAGUCCAGAAGAUAACGGCACCUAUAUCUGUGAAGUUUGGGAUCCCGUCAACUCUACAAACGUGACAGGUGGCAUCGAUGUGAUCAUAUACGCUGCACCUCAGGUGGUCGUGGACACGGUUAUACCCAUAAGUGCAUCCCAGCUUUUCCUUAACUGGACCAUCAAGUCGUACAACGCCGAUAUAACAGGUUACUAUCUAAUGUAUCGCCGUCUACCUUCAACGAACUUCAACCAAUACACUCAAGAGAAAAUCGGAGUCAAGAACAUCUCCUUCGUGAUGGAGGGUCUAGAGAAGUCGACCCAGUAUCAGCUGAGGCUCGAGGUUGCUACAACGUAUGGAAGGAGCAAGCCACAUACUUAUGAGUCUACUGUAACUACACUCGACAAGGAUCCGAUCUUUGUGCCGAAUAUUUCCAUUAAUGGUUUCUCGGCUACCUCGGUGACCAUCGGCUGGGCGGCGCCGCCUAAAGAUAUUGAGGAGUUGAUCCAUUAUUACCUGCUGGAAGCGAGGAAGAUGAACGAGGUUGCCCCGAGAAGGGCGUAUCACUCCAGGGACAAUAGGAAUUUGCCCUACAUGUUCGAUAACCUUGAGCCGCACAGCACAUAUGUUUUUAGAGUAUGCGCAUGCUCAGACUUUACGAAGCGCUGCGGUAAUUGGUCAGCGGAAAUGCCAGCUGCCACAGGCGACGGGAUACCUGGAAGACCUAGCAACGUGACCGUCCAUUGCGCCAGCAGCUGGAUCAAUCUCACUUGGCAGCCCCCGCUCAAACCCAACGCAGAGAUCAAAGGAUAUACGAUGGAGUUAACGGGAAACGCGACAUAUAGAGAUCGGUUCGGAAUAUUGCAGAAAGAUAGCUGGGGACCGCUGUCUAAAUUCAAGACAAAUGACUCAAGAAGUGAAAGGUUUGAGGAGCUACAGCCGAACACAAACUAUACGAUCCGAUUGAGCGCAAUGACGCGUACACGCAGGCGGGGGGAUGAAGAAGUGCGCCACUGCACAACCGCGCCCGCACCCCCCGACACCCCUCCCAGACCACGGUGGAGAAAGUUAUUCGCCGAUGACAAAUACGUAUUUCCCGUCGACCUUCCACGAAUUACAGAACGAAACGGUCAUAUAUGUUGUUACAGAAUAUACAUGGUCAGGUUAAGGCCACAUCCGGAUUGGAGCAACUUACCACCGCCCAGGGAUAUGAGCGUAGUGGACUAUGAAGAGGCACACGGUGUCCAACCAGUUUUGGGAGCUUAUAUCACUGACGUAUUCUCAAAUGACAGAUUCCCCCCAGAUACAGAGCUUAUAAUGGGGGAUGGCAGAUCCUACUUUGACAAAGACGAUCCAGGCUUGAACUGGGAAUCCUGCAGACGUUGCCUCAAGAAACCGAGGCGAUCCUACGACAUACCGCCGCCACCACCACCGAAACCACCCACUACCACUAUGCAGACCACCACAAGGGAUGAGUUCUUCGAGGAUGAGAUAGAUACUACUAUGGAACCAGAUGAAGAGAAACGCGAACGAAGAUCCUAUAUGGAUAUUGAGAGAGAUUACAUGAAGAAUCCUAUGAUGAUGGACAAUAAACUCGUGGAGAUUGAGGUCAAAGAGGAUUUGCAGGUCAAAGAUGGUCUAUUAGACCCAGCAGCUAAUUAUACGCUUUAUGUUGAAUUGAUACCCGGUUCAGAACAAGACGAGCCGCUGUUCAGUGAUUACGUCAACGCGCUGAUGCCCGCCGCGUCGCCUGUAGCGCCGCCGCCCACCACGCCAUUAGAGAUCGCUUUACUGGCGACCUGUACUGUAGCCGGACUUAUAGUGGUCGGUAUGGGGACGCUUUGCGUACUUCAAGCGAGAAGAUCUCGCAAACAUCAUCACCAUCACCUUGAAAUGAGUCCAUUGGAAGCUGCCUUCAGAUACGUAGUGGGUCACAUCGGUGGUAGACAGCAGUUAAUGAGCGCCGUACCACCCGACAUGCCGCCGAUUUCCAAGGAAGAUCUAGCUGCUGCCUAUGCGGAGAGGCAAGCCGAUUCCGACUAUGGAUUCCAGAAGGAAUUUGAAUUGUUACAGAUGCUGCCGGAUUGCUUCCCUGACCGCACCUCUCACGCUUCCGAAGCGCGUGAGAACCAGCCCAAGAACAGAUACCCGGACAUCAAGGCCUACGACCAGACAAGAGUCAAACUUUCGCAGAUCGACGGUAUUACCGGCUCCGACUACAUCAACGCGAACUACGUUAUGGGAUAUAAGGAGCGCAAGCAAUUCAUCUGCGCCCAAGGCCCUACAGACACGACCGUGAACGACUUCUGGCGUAUGAUCUGGGAGCACGGGUUGGAACUUAUCGUGAUGCUGACCAACCUCGAAGAGUAUUCCAAGGUCAAGUGCAGCAAAUACUGGCCCGAUGACGUGAGGGGUGUGCGCGCUUUCGGGAAUAUCACCGUCCAUCAUGUUUCUGAAAAACGAUAUUCCGAUUAUAUUGUAAGAGAGCUUAAGAUAUCUAAGCAGCCGCUAAACUCGGAUGGACAGCCCAUUGUUGAAAAUAAUGGAAUUUCAAAGCGUAACGGAGAUUGCGGCAUGAGCGAUGCGAGUGCGCCGACGUCACCGCGCGAGGCCAAGUGUGAGACGCGGCUAGUGCGCCAAUACCACUUCCUCAUGUGGAAGGACUUCGCCGCACCAGAGCAUCCGCACUCCAUUCUCAAGUUCAUUAAGAGGGUGAACGAGGCGUGGUCGAACAUGGUGGGUCGGCCGGUCGUGGUGCACUGUUCAGCCGGCGUCGGCAGGACUGGCACGUUGGUCGCGCUCGACUGCCUUCUGGAGCAACUUCGCGCCACUGGACUCGCGUCUGUGUUCAACACGGUCGCGGAGUUGCGGCGGCAGAGGAACUUCCUCGUGCAAUCACAGAAACAAUACGUCUUCGUAUACCGUGCGCUAGUAGAAUACGCGCAUUACGGCGAUACGGAGAUCCCUGCGUCAAGGCUCAAGAGCUCCAUCGACAGGCUGCGAAACACACCAGAGGGCGCUGACAAAUGCCUGAUGGAACAUGAGUUCGAGAAAAUGAUGGACCCGCCGGUAGCUGAAACAAUCAAAUCCUGCGCAGCGGGUGGCGCGGAAGAGUUACGUCCACGCAAUCGCAGCACCGAGUGCCUGCCGUACGACCGCAACAGGGUCAUCCUAGCACCGAUACCUGGACGGGACUUCUCUACAUACGUCAACGCGUCAUUUAUUGAAGCGUACGACAACACUGAAGGUUUCAUUAUAACCCAAGAUCCGUUGCCCAACACUAUAAUGGACUUUUGGCGAAUGGUCGCAGAACACAAUGUAUCCACAAUUGUUAUGUUAAGCGAGCUUGGCGAAGGGAAAUGCCCGCGGUACUGGGACGACGGUACGGUGCAGUAUGAACACAUCUCCGUGGAGUACGAGGAGAGCGAAUCGUGUCCGUACUACACGAGACGCCAGUUCCGGCUCACCAACAAUAAGAGCGGCGAAUGGCGUUGCGUGCGGCACCUCCAGUACCAAGGCUGGCCGACCGCUGCGGGCCACGUGCCGGAGGUGACCCGCGGGCUCGCCGAACUGGCGGAAAUAGCCGCACCCGUGGAGCCCGCGCCCCGGCCGCCUCUACUGGUACACUGCAACCUGGGCACGGAGCGGUCCGCUUUGUUCGUGGCCCUGUGCAUCCUGAUCUGGCAGCUGCGUCUGGAGAGACGCGUCGACGUAGCGUGCGUCGCGAGAAAGGUGCGCUCGCAACGCGCACGCACCAUCGACACGUUUUUGCAGUACGAAUUCCUACACCGUGCCAUAUUAAACUACGCGGAACUACACAAUCUACUCGAAGACAGCUAAACAAUAUACAGUGCUCACUAUAUUUCAACCUUGUCGCUCAAGAAAUAGGAGCGAAAACCGUUUGGGUCACCAGAAAUGAGGCUAGAGCCUAAUCUUAUUCGUCUUGCCUAAUUGAUUGGCGAAUUUAGUCCUUAAAACGACGAACGUAUCGUUAAAAAUCGCUUGGACUGAAAACUUUUUUAUAACCCAUGUAAAUUAGUGAUGUAAAGAAUGUCGAUAUUACACUUGCGAGUAUAAAGUGUAUAUUGUAUUGAUUAAGAGUAAUUUAAUAAUACAAAUGAAUAACAAUCCUUCAGGUGCGUUAACACUGAUCGGAGCGGAGCGGAAAAGUCUAUUGUCUGAUCUCCUAAGAAUAUCAAUGUCGUCUUUAUACAUGAAAUUAUCCACUGCGAACUGCGUAAGCUCACUUACUCCUCUAAAGUCACUCAAUGGUGACAGAUAUAGAGUAAAGCUGAUUUACUAAUAACGAUGUCUAGUAGUUUUAUACCUAUUAACACAUGAUAUAGCUUAGCUUGUUAGGGCAUUUCUAAGAUUGAAGUUGUCUUGACAUAAUAUGGUGGGUGAUGGGCGGAUGUGUCGUAAAUACUUAUGAGCAAAUCGUUUAGUACUCAAUUGGCCAUUCAUAGAAGGCCUCAAGUAAAAAAUAUAGCUUCUGUGUUAGCUAAUUUAUUAAAAGAUGAGAUUAUAAAUGAAGAUCUACAAAUGAUUUGAGAUACAAAAUGCUUACUUCUAGAAAUAAAAUGAAAACAUAUGUUUCAAGCUAUCAAAGGAAUAAAAAUUUUCUAACACGAUUGCUGCUAUAGUAAUUUACGACUUCUCUCCGCUCCGCUUAUCUCUGCUUCAGUGAAAACUCACCCUUAUUCCUGUAUUUGACAUUUAUUAAAUAUUUUUUUUGUUCCAUUUUUUUAUAUAAAUCAGUGUCGUAUUAAGCCAGUGUUCUACAAUAGUCGUUCUAAAGUAUUUUCUAAGUAUUGAAAUAUCCAUAAAUUUUAAACACUUUUACAAAGUAAGUUGCCAUAGCAAAAGUAUGUUAUUAUAAAAUAAAUUUCAGUAAAAUUACAUAUACGUAACGUAGUAGGUUCCUUCGAAAAAUUACAAAGUACUAUUCAUUACGUCACUAAUGUAAAGUUAUUUUAUAACAGAACAAAGUAAAAUUUCUAACUAUUACAUAUAAAUUACGAAUUCAAUAUCGUUCUAAGCAAUAUUCGCAUGGAUUAACAAUCAUACAGUUCAUAAAAACUUUCUGCAAACUCAAAUCGUUAUUUUCGUUAUUGCAGAUUAUCGAUUGAUUGAUUAUUCAGAAUUAUAUCUUAUGUUAAAUUACACGUGCCGUGUUAACUUCUGUAAUUCUACGACAUAUAUUACUGCGUGGAAUAUAUUGUUAGGUCGUCUUUUUAUACCAAAUUAAAGAUGCAUUUUAGUUUUUUGAGUUCAUUUUGCCGCAAAGAGCGGGCUCAGUUUAACUGCACAUCUGUACUAGGUACCAGCCAACCUACUUUAUCGCCGAUAACCCAAAAAAUAUAAGUAAAAGUUUUCAAUUUACGUUAUCGGUUUCCGAACUGUAUGAUCGCUAAACUGCGGUAUUAGGUUAUUGGUUGAUACAUUGAUAGAAAAUUUUAAAUCGUUUGAUUUAAGAAUAAUUAAAAUAAAAUCGGUUUUAUAUCUAUAGUGUUGCCAGAACUGAAUGUAGUUUAUAGGUGCUUUUACAAAUUUUAUUGGCAGAAUUAAUUCGCUUGGUUAAUAGAGUUUACUGUAUACUAUACAAUGUACCUUUACCUUGGAUUCGUACAUAGAGGCGACUUGGUAACGACUGUACUUACAAUGACCAAGCGCUCGUAUUAAGUUACUAAAAUACUAAGUGUGUGAAAUCUUAGUCGCCAAGUGACAAUAUAAAUAACAGUCCACUAUUGGACUAAGGGCACCACGCUGGGCAGACAGGUUGGUGAUCGCACUGGAUGAUAGACUUCGCCGCUAUAUUUUCCCAAAUAAAUUAUUGUAUAUUAUUCAAUUACUAAUUAUAGUUUUAAAUUGGUGGUAUAUAAAAAUUCGAGUUGUUAAUUAAUUUUUCAUCACUGAAUGCCGUAGUAUUUUGUUGUGAAACAUAAGAUAAAUAAGGCUAUGUAACCUUACACCGGCCUUUUUUGCGUCAUGGGUUAUGGAAGAAGGUUUAGUGAAACUUCAGUAAAAAUUUAUUCAAAUAUUAAUUUAUUCUUCUCUUCAGGUGUGAAGUAAACUAUUAUUAUUAGGUGUGCAACUGGUUUAAACAAUAUUCAAGUUACAAUUUAUGGUAUACAGUAAAACUCAUUCUCAUAUAUACAAUUCAGUGAUUAUAUAUUCCGUGUCUCUAUAAUAUAAUAUUUAGUAUCAAUAGUGCUUAGUUAGACUAAUGUAGUUGCCUGACAUAAAAAAUAUUUGUCCCCAAAACUCAAUAGGUCUUUCUCCCAAAAAACUCAUAAAUAAACUUUUAAAGAUACAAAUUACUAAUGGCUAUGAUAUUAGCGCUACAUCACUCUAGCGACGUGUCCCAAACGACAAAAAAUUGCAAUGCCUCAAAUUGUAUACAAAGUAAUGAAUGUGCACGCUGACAUACAAAACAUAUCUGUACGGUGUUAUUCCUUAAUUUAUUUAUUCUUAAUAGAUCUGAUUUAUGACAUAAUUUAUUGCAUCUCAUAGACUUCCGCAAAGUAACCCCUGCUUCUAUACAAAAUUUGCUAGUCUAUAAGAUUUGUAUCCCCUAAUCGAAGUAGUAUAACUUUUUUAAAGCUUAAAUUCAUCUAGCAUAGAACACUCUUCGUAUAAUAAAAAACAGUAUUACAGUAAUUACGACCUCUAAGUGAGUGUCAUUCGGUUCAUUUUACUUGGAUUCACCUGUUCGAUACUCGAAAACGAUUUUACGAUUGCGAGCUCUGAAAUCUUACACUAAGCGUACUGAAUGUUGUAAGCGUGUGCAUAUUCAUAUUUUACUUAUACUGUAAGAGUUCUAUUAAAGAAUACCUAUUAUUGUGAGAAUAUACUUUUUAUUUUAUUUCAAAAUUAAAGUCUGAAGUAAAAUGUCAUGUCGUCGUGUGUGCAAAGUGUAUAUGGGUGCGAUGGUAUAGUUUGGAAAUAAAACGUCGCUAGUGUGCUGUUACGCGUUUUAAAUGUAAAAUAAUUUUGAUGCCAUAAAUAUAAAUGUUCCACAAAUCGAAUAGUAUUCAUUAAAUGUUAAUUUUAGCUAAAUAAAAUCUGAUUUCUGUUUAUAUAUUAAUCAGCAGUAGUUUAGAUCUGACAUUAAACUUACGUCAUAAUAAAUAAGUAAUUAAUUAUUGUUAAUUUACACAUUUGUGCUUUUAUAAGAAAAAAAGAUUUUUUUUUGUAGAAAACGUUUGGUGUUCUAUGAUAAGACAAUUCUACUAUAUUUUUUACUUUUGUAAAGUUGUUCGCUAUCUUAUUAUAUACUCGCACUUUAUACUUGGUAGAGAAUCACCUAUAGGCUGAGAGACGGUGGGGUUAUAUAUUCUAUAGUUUGAUCUCAUGAAAAUAAUAUUUACUUUGGCUGAAAAUAGUAUCGUUUUUUAAUAUUGUAAAUUAAAAAAACAAAAUUUAAAGACUAUAAUGAAAUUUCAAGACUAUUGUGAAAAAAUACAGUAACAUUAAUUUAUUUGAUUUGCAAAAAAUCAAAAUAAUUUAAUGUUUAAUUUUAUUCCGAGUUAUUCCCCAUUCGUACCAAUUGAUUACUCAAAGUAGAUUUAACUUAAAAAGUUAUGAAAAUGUCCUAAAUUACAUAUCAUUUUGGUAUGUCAAACUACUAAUUCAUCGUUUAAGUCAUUACUGAGUCACACAAACAAUUAUUUUGAGGUGGUUGUACUUCAAGAGAUCUUCCAACCGUCUCUUGGGCUAGAAAGAAAUUAGUGGGCAGCUUUUGUAAAAUUUUUCUACAUUUGGUUUAUAUACCAAUAAUCGUGUCCAAAGAGAGAGGGUUAGAAGAUAUAUUAUAAAUGAGUUAUUAUAAUUAUUAUGUAUUUAUUUGUUUAUUCAGCGUUACGCCAUAUUAAGCAUUAUUGUAAUCAUUUUGUCUUAGUUUAUAUACGAAAAAAAAGAACAAAUAAAUGACAAAAAAUUAAAUGAUAAUAAAACAGGUUUUGAAAAAACCUCCAAUAUUUUUAAGGGCCAGAAAUGAUAUGUACCCUAAUCAAGCACAAAUUUUAGAUAAGGGGCCCGUGCAUACUGUUGUUGUAUUAUCGAUUAAAAAAAAAACGAGUAAAAUACGCGUAUUAUUACUCAUUUAUGCGGAGUCGUUUGCGUACCCCACAAGCAUUGUACAGAAACUGCUUUUAUAAAAUAAAAAAAAUUGAAUUCAUGCGUUCUUAUUUCAAGUUUGCAGAGUGCCAAGUGUGAAACUUUCUACCUACGUUUACUUAUACGAUCGCUGUAUAUGGUAUCCUAAUAGCGCUGUCUAGCGACAGUACGGUUUUCCGAUAUUAUAACUAGAUGGCGCUGCUUAUAUAUCAUAUAAAUCGUAGAUAACUUCACGAAACUCAUUCGGUACAGCCCAACAGUAUGUAUGGUGCCUUAAAAUUUUUUCGAUGUCUUUACUAUGAUUUGGAUGAUUAUAUUUUUGUGUUUUGUUUAUUUGGUUUGGCGUCGCAAUGUUUAUAUAAAAUAAAGUGGCGUCGUACGACUGUCUAUGGUAUAUUGUAAGUUAGGUUUAACUUGUGUAUUUUAGAUUUUGUAUGAGCUAUUAAUAUAAUUGAUGAUAAUAAUAUAAUGAAAAUUAUCCAAAUUUGUCGUAAACAUAACUUUGACUAAAGUAUAUACGCGAAUAAUCUUCUUUCAAGAAUUUACAUCAUUUACAAGUUAGUUUAUGGUAAGCGUGACGUAUACGCGCCUCUCUUUCAAAAAUAUAAUUCUGUAGCAAAGAGUUUACGACUUUGAAACGAGUAGCAUUAGGUUCUAUUUACUUUGACUUGAUAGUGCUAUAAAUCUACGUAAUUUAAUCUGUAUGUACACACACAGGGGACACAACGGAUUCGUGUAAUGUAUUCGAGUAUGUCGAGUUGGUUUUAGUCAAAGUUUUGUGUUCAAUAAAAUUGUUGCGAAAUUGUAAAUGGGUAUGUAUGCGAUAGUCGUUUAACAAUUGCGAUAUUUAAAAUAAGUUGUUUGAGCUUAAUCUGAUCGAGUUCAGUUAAAACUACUUUAAACUGUUUAAAAAUUAAUUUCUACUGGAUAUGUUAAACAAAGACAGAUUUUUUAUAAUAAGAAAAUACAUUACAUUUUAUAAAAGAUCUUCUUGCGAUGCAUUUUCGCAAAGACCGAGCAUAUUGAAGAAACGCAAUACAUUUACUAAAAUUAAAAAUACAUCAUCAACCUGCUGCUAAACGCACGCUAAUGCUAAAGUAUGUGUGUUUUUUUUGUAGCCAAAAGUUUGGUGAUUCCUGUGUGAUAAAGGUAAAGCCAUGUGAAAUUUUAAAUCAAAGCUUCAAUGCGCUUUCACUUCGUAAAUGUCAAUCGACCUUGACCCCUAUAAAAACUCAUAUCUGACCUUUCAAAUAUCGCAAUUGUAACUGUCAAUAUGUAUAGUCGUGAGACAAAAUGUCUAAAGUAUAAGAGCCAAGUGAAUAAAAUAUUUUGUGAUAAUUUGUCAAAAAUAUGCCGACUAUACGUAUAGUAUUACAGCGUCGAAGUACAUUCAUAUCGAACAACUAAAUUAUUACGCACGUUUGAAAAAUUUUCUCCGCACCCUUACGUAUGAUGUGGUCGUAAAAUUAAACUAAGAACAUGUCGCGCAACAAAAAGUUGCUAUAUCUCACAUAUUAUGUAUAGUUCAUUCCUUCUGACCAGUUUAUAAUGUAAACAA